ACCAAACAGGAAGAAAACACCCAGCUGUUAUCCAGGCAGACACAGCUCAGACUAGCUUAGCCACCUGUCCAGCAGCGACACCGGAAUGAAACGGUCCUGAGAGUCCACAAUGAAGUUGUAAUGCAUCGUGACGUGUCCGGAGCAGUGGCUGCAUCGUCUGACACCAGGGAAUAGACUUGUCCUCGCCUUUCCUCCGGUCCGAGUGUUUAAACAAGGUGUGAAUGAGUGACGUGGUGCCUCCCACAGCUCUCAGUGAAGUCCAGCUCCGCUUCCUCUGCCACAAUGACAUAGAGAAUGUCAAGCUGCUCUGUGGUGAUUGGUUUCCAAUCGAGUACCCAGACUCAUGGUAUCAAGACAUCACAUCCAACAAAAAGUUUUUCUCCCUCGCUGCCACCUUCAGAGGAGGCAUCGUGGGGAUGAUCGUGGCCGAGAUCAAAGGCCGGACCAAAGUACACAAAGAGGAUGGAGACAUCCUGGCGUCCAGUUUCCCUGUGGACACACAGGUAGCCUACAUCCUGAGCCUGGGCGUGGUCAAAGAGUUCAGGAAACACGGCAUAGGCUCCCUGCUGCUGGACAGUCUGAAGGAGCACAUCUCGACCACGGCCCAGGACCACUGUAAGGCCAUCUACCUGCACGUCCUCACCACCAACAACACUGCCAUCCACUUCUAUGAGAACAGGGACUUCAGGCAGCACCACUACCUGCCCUACUACUACUCCAUACGAGGCGUCCUCAAAGAUGGAUUCACAUAUGUGCUCUACAUUAACGGGGGUCAUCCGCCGUGGACAAUAUUUGACUACAUCCAUCACAUCGGUUCCACCCUGGCCAGCCUCAGCCCCUGCUCCAUCCCUCAGCGACUGUACCGACAGGCCCAGUCCCUGCUGCGCUCACUGCUGCCCUGGUCCAACAUCGCCUCCAAGACCGGCAUCCAGUACAGCAGAACCAUGUGACACCAUACGGAGUGUCUCAUCAGUCUUCCCUUGUACACGCCCAGAUGUACACACACACAUUCUCAGCCGACUGCUUUCCACACACUGUGUUUCCGUCACAGGACUCAGGUCGGGCCUGCGUUUGAUCCUCC